GCUCGAAUUUCGUUACUUAAUUUUAAAUUCUCACAACACCAUCGGGAAGGACUUGCAUCAAAAAAUCAUGGUCAAUAUAACGAUAAUGUAGGCGUGCAUUACUCUUCGCCGGGGCUCCAGACCAGACUCCCGGCCGCGGCCCACAGCGCCUGCGCGCGGCGGGCGGGGCUUCGCUACACGCCCUCGCGCCCUUACACAACAAUAUACACCCUAUUUACAAACUGUAGGGGUCUUAAUGGGUUGAUAUGUCAGGUAGAAGCUGAUGUGGGCGUAGCGCCGCCUCUUCUAGCGUAGUUUGUUCAGCGUGGCGCGAGCGGGCGCGCGUGUUCAGUAAUGGUGAUGGAGCGGCUGGCGGACUUCGUCAGCAAGUCGCUGGAAGGGGGCGAAGCGCCGGCGCCGCCGCCGGAGCCCGGGGAGCCAGAGGACGCGGAUGAAGAGGUGGAUAUUACGGCGUUGGAGGUGCCAGCGCCGAAGCGGCCUAGGAAUUGGUUACUGUCGCCCGUGCCCGCGCCCUGUAAACGGGAGGAUGAAGACGACCACAAACAUGAUGUAUCCGACAAAUCAUCGAACUCAAUCAGCAAUGGCGGCGGCAAGCAGCGGCGGUCUCGCACAAAUUUCACUCUAGAACAACUAGGAGAGUUGGAGCGGUUAUUCGACGAGACGCACUACCCUGAUGCGUUCAUGCGAGAAGAGCUUAGUCAGCGGCUAGGACUUAGCGAGGCGAGAGUGCAGGUGUGGUUUCAGAAUCGACGCGCCAAAUGUCGGAAACAUGAGAGCCAAAUGCAUAAAGGUAUGAAAGUCACGUCUAAGAAUCCUGGAGGCGGCACUCCGCUAGAGCCGUGCCGCGUGGCGCCGUACGUGUCGGUGCCGCGGCUGUCGGCGAUGCCGCGCGCGCCGGGUCCGCCGCCGCCGAUGCCGCCGCACCCGCCGCCCGCCGCCUUCGCGCCCUUCGACUCGGCGCUGCUAUCUGCUGCGGCACACCAGGUAUGCUCUGCUAGUAGCUGGAGGCGGCACUCCGCUAGAGCCGUGGCGCGUGGCGCCCUACGCGUCGGUGCCGCGGCUGUCGGCGAUGCCGCGCGCGCCGGGCCCGCCGCCGCCGAUGCCGCCGCACCCGCCGCCUUCGCGCCCUUCGACUCGGCGCUGCUAUCUGCUGCGGCACACCAGUACGCGAGUGCAGCAGCAGCGGCGGCGGCAGCGGCGCUAUGCCCGCCUUACGCCGGCCUGGCGGCGCUGGCGGCGCGCUGUCGCUCCUCUUCCAUCGCCGACCUGCGCCUCAAGGCGCGCCGACACGCCGCCGCGCUGGCCGCAGCGCGAGCGCCCACGCCGCCGAUUCCCGCCGACUCCGCGCCGCCCGCCGCCGCGCCCACAGACGCAUAGCCUCACGCCAUACCGAUCAAUUUAGCUGUGAAAUAUGUACAUAAGGAUCAAAAUAUUUGUGAGGACGAAAGUUGAACGUAAUCGGAUGUGGGUGAUAGUAGACAAUCAUAAUUCCAAAAAUGCACGACGUUGAAGUUGUAAUAGUGAUAGUGGUGAUACAUGCAGUCUUGAGCGAUGAUGUAUCAGGGGAAAGGUACCUAUUGCCAUUGGAUUCGCGUUGCGUGAUGAGUUGAUGGCUAAUGGAUGACUAUAUUUUACAGAUGUAGUGCAUAAUGGUUUUCCAUCAAAUUUUCUCGGAAACGUUCGUAUUUGUCAUGAUACAUCAGUCAACCUCGGUAGUUUUUGUACCAAGAGUGACUGAAAUAGCAAGACACGUUUCGUACGCUUCCGUGAAAAUACGACGGAAAAUAAUUAUGCUCUACAUCUGUAGCUUAUAUAUCAAAGGUUAGGGUGAACACACUAACCCUGUAUGUAAGUAUCUACAUAAACAUAAUCGACAUACAUAUAUUACUUAUACUCACUCUAUUUUCAUCUCAAAAAAUUUAAUCUGAUUUAUUUUUACUUUUAUUAAUCUAAGUCUGGCAACCUAUUUUAUUAUUAUGAGAUGAGUAAAUCGACUGUAAAAUAUAUACGUUCAAGACUUCCAAAUGUAAAGUUAAUUAAGAUACUACAUUAUUUAGACAAUGUGUUUACGCUACUAUUACUUCGCUUGAAUUGAAUAGAAUUUGGUUUAAAGGUGGUAAUACUCUGACCAAUAAUACCUAUAAACUGUAAAGUAUUUCUAAGCACAUUAAAACUGUGAUAAGUGUAUUGAAAAUUGUUCUCGUAAUUUAUUAAACUUGUCUCAU